UCUCUCUCGCUCUCUCCACAUCGGUCGUGCGGUCGUGCCGCCAUCACCAUCGCCCCUCCCCCUCUUCCUCCUCUCUUCUUUUUCCCUCCCUUUCGCUUCGCUUCCUCUCCUCCUCUCCACCAUUGGCGACCUCGCAAACCCUAGCGCGGCGAGCGGGGGGAAGAUGAGAUGGGACGCAGCGGAGGCGGAGGAGGUGCUGGAGCGGAUCUGGGACCUGCACGACCGCCUCAGCGACGCCAUCCUCGCCGUCUCCCGCGCGCACUUCCUCCUCCCGCCGCCUCCGCCUCCUCCGCCUCCGCCGCCGUCUCAGCCGUCGGCGCCGCCCGCGCGCGAGGGGAGGAACGGGUACGUGUUCGUGAAGGGGUUGAAGGGGGGUGGAGGAGGAGGAGGAGGCGGGGUGGGGGAUGGUGUGGGCGUGGGCUCGGCGAAGGCCGCGGCGGCGGAGGCGAUGGCGGAGGCGAGGAGCCUGCACGCCAUACGGACGGCGCUCGAGGACCUCGAGGAGCACCUCGAGUUCCUUCAUACCGUUCAAUCACAACAGCGGGCAGAGCAGGAUGCUGCAAUUGCUAGAUUGGAACAGAGCCGACUAGUCCUUGCCAUGAGGCUAGCUGAACAUCAGGGGAAGAAGUAUAGAGUCAUUGAUGAGGCCUUGGCGUUUGUAGGCGAAGUUGGUGACAAGAGUCGAUUCAUCUCACCGGAAGAUGUUCGUGCAACUCAUAACCAGUCAGGGGAGGAUGUAAUGGACAGUGGGAGCAACGGUUCAAGUAUUAUGGGGAAUGUGUUAUCUUGUAGUCUAUCUUUGGCCAAGAACUCAUUUCGAGUGGACAAAAUCGGUAGUGCUCUGGGUAACGCUGCAGCGUUUGCUGUAAGUAUGUUUGCUUUCUUGCAGCUGCAUCAAGUUGCCUUUGGAAGCAAAUCUCCAGCAAUGGAUUACAGGAGGCACAGUUACCAUUCUGGGAGCUCACUACAGAGUGGCAAAGGAAAGCAACUCGAAGUGUACCUAGCCAGAGGUUGAGGAAUCAUCAAGUCACUUGCUGUUGCCUGUACAGAAGUUUUGACCAAAUACCAGUUUUCACCGGUUUUGUUAGGGCACUAAUCAUUCUUUAUGACGAAAUGGACUAUGUUUCAGGCUACUAGGAUACUAAUUGUUAAUUCGUUUGGACGUGUUGGACUACGUUCCAAUUAAUAGACGUCAUACCUCUAAACCUGUAAAUGGAUUUUUCAUUAGAGAUGGAUGGAAUGCUUGUAAGUCUGUAUUCUGUCAGCCGAUUGGAAUUGCUGUGUUAGGUUUGUUGUGUCCUCAUGAGUUAUGAGGAUUGAGGAGUGUUGAAAGGACAACUGUUUGUUGUGCCCUCAUGAGUUAUGAGGAUUGAGGGGUGUUGAAGCAUUCAAGGAUUCAAGGUUCUUUGCUUAACUGAGAAGUCCAGUUUUUUCUUUUCUUUUCUUGAUUAUUGACUAUUUUCGACAUCGGCUACCUUACAAGUACAUGUGAUGCUUCAUGCUUGUGUUCUUUUAAGGCAGUGCACUUGAGGGUAUAA